GUUCUGUAUUAACAAAGCCCUAAUUCUCUUUUUGUCACCGAAUGCACUGAAACUGUCUUACCCUCCUUUUCCUUUCCCUCUCAACAUCUCUAAGACAGGCCACCCACCUGUAACGCUUUCUUCCUAUUUCUUUCCUUCUUCUACAGGGAUUAAUUUGGCGGUUUUGGUCUUGGCUGAUUUGGGUAUUAUUUUGGAUUCAGUGCCGUUGGUGGUCAUUUAUUAAGCGUAUGUUCUCUUUGUUAGCUAGUGACAAUAGCAAGUGUCAUUGCUACGGUAUCUCUUUAUCUCUUUCUUUCUGUUAGACAUGUUUAUUAUGUUUUCAAAUACCCAGUCAAGGUGUUACGUAGAAAUUACUGAAACUAAAUUAAGGGUCUGCCAAAUCCUCCAUAGAAAAGAACCCAACAGAAGUCAAAAUCCUCUUCCUUUCAUACACCAUUUCUUCCUUAUAUAGCAAAUUGAUUUCUUAAGAGAAGUUUUGAAUUGGAUUGUUUGUUUACUGAGCAGGACUUGUUUGGUUGUCUGUUGUUAUAGUUAAAUCUUUUAAUAAUAAGCUGCUGUACUUAGUUUUAGCAAAAUGGGUGGUGAUUUUGAUACCCGAAAUAUCCGAAAUAUAUGCAUAUUAGCACAUGUUGAUCAUGGCAAGACAACACUUGCUGAUCAUCUGAUUGCUGCUACUGGUGGUGGUCUGCUUCACCCUAAAUUGGCUGGGAAGCUUAGAUUUAUGGACUACCUUGAUGAAGAACAAAGGCGUGCAAUAACAAUGAAAAGCUCUUCAAUUGCUCUUCAUUAUAAAGACUAUUCAGUGAACCUCAUAGACUCCCCUGGUCAUAUGGAUUUUUGUAGUGAGGUUUCUACUGCUGCUAGAUUGAGUGAUGGGGCAUUAGUUUUGGUUGAUGCUGUUGAAGGGGUUCAUAUACAAACACAUGCUGUUUUACGUCAAGCUUGGAUUGAGAAGCUAACACCAUGUUUGGUGCUUAAUAAGAUUGAUAGGUUGAUUUAUGAGUUGAAGUUGAGUCCUAUGGAAGCUUAUACCCGGUUGUUGAGGAUUGUUCAUGAGGUGAAUGGAAUCAUGAGCGCGUAUAAGUCGGAAAAAUAUUUGUCUGAUGUUGAUUCACUACUUGCAGCGCCAUCUGGUGAGGUUUGUGAUGAGAACCUUGAGCUUAUAGAAGAUGACGAGGAGGAUACUUUUCAGCCGCAGAAGGGGAAUGUAGCAUUUGUUUGUGCAUUGGAUGGAUGGGGUUUCAGUAUUAAUGAGUUUGCAGAAUUUUAUGCUUCAAAGCUUGGAGCAAGUUCAGCUGCAUUGCAGAAGGCUCUUUGGGGUCCUAGGUAUUUCAAUCCUAAGACUAAGAUGAUAGUAGGGAAGAAGGGAGUGGAAGGAGUAAGUAAGGCUCGGCCAAUGUUUGUGCAGUUUGUGCUUGAGCCACUAUGGCAGGUUUACCAAUCAGCCUCAGAGCCUGAGGGAAAUAAAGGUUUACUAGAUAAAGUUAUCAAGUCAUUUAAUUUGAAUGUACCACCUCGUGAACUUCAGAACAAGGAUCCCAAGGUUGUGCUUCAAGCUGUUAUGAGCCGUUGGCUUCCCUUGUCAGAUGCAAUUUUGUCAAUGGUUGUGAAGUGUAUGCCAGAUCCAAUUGCUGCCCAAUCCUUUCGUAUUUCACGUUUGCUUCCCAAGAGAGCAGUUUUUAAUGAUGCAGUUAAUUCCGAUGUUAUUGCAGAGGCAGAUCUUGUGAGGAAGUCGGUAGAGAUUUGUGAUUCCAGCUCUGAGGCACCAUCUGUGGCUUUUGUAUCCAAGAUGUUUGCUUUACCAACAAAAAUGCUACCUCAAAGGGGUCCAAAUGGGGAGAUUUUAAACAAUUACAGUGAUGACAAUGGAAGUGGUGAAUCAGAAGAGUGCUUUCUUGCAUUUGCUAGAAUUUUUAGUGGAGUUCUUUAUUCAGGUCAAAAAGUGUUUGUGCUUUCAGCAUUAUAUGACCCAUUGAGGGAAGAAUCAAUGCAGAAGCAUGUGCAGGAGGCUGAGUUGCACUCGCUGUAUCUCAUGAUGGGUCAGGGCCUGAAACCUGUAGCCUUUGCAAAGGCAGGGAAUGUUGUUGCAAUCCGAGGUCUCGGUCAGCAUAUUUUAAAAAGUGCAACUCUUUCAUCCACAAGGAACUGUUGGCCAUUCUCCAGCAUGGCAUUCCAGGUUGCCCCAACUCUAAGAGUUGCAAUUGAACCAUCUGAUCCAGCAGAUAUGGGUGCUCUGAUGAAAGGUCUGAGGCUUCUAAACCGGGCAGACGCGUUUUUAGAGGUCACUGUUUCUUCUAGAGGGGAACAUGUGCUUUCUGCAGCUGGAGAAGUUCACUUAGAAAGGUGCAUCAAGGAUUUGAAGGAGAGAUUUGCCAAGGUGAGCCUGGAAGUCUCCCCACCACUUGUGUCCUAUAAAGAGACCAUUGAGGGUAAUACAGCCAAUGCUUUAGACAAUCUGAAAUCACUGAGUAAGCGCUCAGCGUACGUUGAGAAGAUGACACCAAAUGGAAGAUGCCUUGUUCGCGUACAAGUCAUGAAACUGCCACCUGCACUAACCAAGGUGCUUGAUGAAAGUGCAGAUAUGCUUGGAGAUGUUAUCGGUGGCAAGUUGGAGCAGGCAAAUAGAGAUGUGGAGAAGCCUGGAUCAAGCAUUAUACGAGAUGAGAAUCCAAUUGAAGUACUCAAAAAACGCAUAAUGGAUACUAUGGAGAGUGAAAUUUUGUCAUGGAAUGAGAAUGACAAGGAUCGAACCGAGAAAUACAAACUCAAGUGGCAAAAAUUUCUUAGGAGGAUUUGGGCACUUGGUCCAAGGCAUGUUGGCCCUAACAUCCUCUUCACUCCAGAUAUUAAAAGCAAGAGCAGUGAUUCCUCUGUUCUUUUACGGGGUUCCCCUAUUGUAUCUGAAAAAUUGGGCCUAGUUGAUAAUUCUGGUGAUAGUGAUACAGCUACUGAUAUUCACUCUGAAAUAACUCAAGCAUUACGCAUGGAAGCUGAAAGUCUUCAGAACAGUGUUGUGUCUGGAUUCCAACUUGCAACAGCAGCUGGACCACUUUGUGACGAACCAUUGUGGGGUGUAGCUUUUGUGGUUGAGGCUUACAUAUCUCCCUUGGCUGAGCAAUCUGAUGAGGGUGGGACUAACCAGCACUCUGAGCAAUACGGUGUAUUCACAGGACAAGUUAUGACAGCUGUCAAGGAUGCGUGUAGAGCAGCUGUACUACAGAACAAACCUCGGCUCGUUGAAGCAAUGUAUUUCUGUGAGUUGAACACCCCAACUGAAUAUUUGGGCUCCAUGUAUGCAGUGCUUAAUCGAAAACGGGCUCGGGUCUUGAAGGAGGAGAUGCAGGAAGGAUCUUCGCUUUUCACAGUCCAUGCAUAUGUCCCAGUUUCUGAGAGCUUUGGUUUUGCAGAUGAGCUCAGAAGAUGGACUUCAGGCGCAGCAAGCGCUCUCCUUGUUCUUAGCCAUUGGGAAGCACUUCCUGAGGAUCCUUUCUUUGUUCCAAAAACAGAGGAGGAAAUUGAAGAAUUCGGAGAUGGUUCUAGUGUUCUGCCUAAUACAGCCAGAAAGCUAAUUGAUGCUGUAAGACGUCGAAAAGGCCUUCCAGUGGAGGAAAAAGUUGUCCAGCAUGCUACUAAACAGAGGACACUUGCUCGGAAAGUGUAAAAUUUGUUAAACUAGUUUUGCUAAUAAUAUUUCAUACCUCUCAUUAGUUUUGGUGUAAAAGGUUAGUCUAUAUUUUUAGUCUCUUGGAGGUCUAGUUUGAGUGGGAAAUGGGAAGUUGAUGAAAAAAAGAAACAUUUUUCGAGUUUUACUAAUGAUACAAAAGCUUCUUUGUUAUAUUAUUUAGACUGAAGUUCAUAAUUUUAUUAAUAAUAAAUUACCUUGUUCUUCUUCUUUCA